AUGGUGUACCGAGGGAAGCCAAGUUCCGCCUGCGCUUGGUGUCGUGCACGGCGCCUUAAGUGCGACCGGAAAAGGCCAUCCUGCUCCUCAUGCGUUCGAGCCAGGCGCACAUGCACGGGUUAUCGCGAUAUAGUCGCGCUUAGCUUCCAAGACCAGACCGAUGAAGUGAUCGGAAAGGCCCGUCGUCGCGUGGAUAAACAGACAGUGGAGCCAUCACCGUCGCCCAGUUCCUUCAUCUCGGAUCUGUCGACAGUGGCAGAUGAUGAUACUAAUGAUGAUGAUCAGGUCCAGCCUGGACCAGGCCCACUGAUGCUGCAACACAUCCCCGCCCCGACCAGGGAUGACGGAAUUUCCUUUGUCCUUGCCAAUCAUGUCGCAACGGGACCCUCCGCCCACGCCCAUCUUUCUUUCUUGCCGUCCCUCUUGCAGGCUGUCUCCAACCCGGCUAUCACGGCGUCGGUCAACGCUAUGGGCCUGGCCACGCUAGCCAAUAUCCAGAGGAAUCCUCGCCUAAUGUUGGCGGCGCGUCGAGAAUACAGUACCGCAUUGUCGGAAACGAACGCCGCGCUUUGCGAUCAAGCCCGUGCUACAUCUGACUCCACAUUAGCUGCUGUUUUGCUACUAGGUCUAUUUGAGAUUGUUACCUGCGAUACUCCUGCACUAAUGGCACGCUGGGCUAAUCACAUCGACGGGGCUAUGAAAAUGGUCGAACUACGCGGUGCCGAGCAGCUUCGCACUCCAACAGGAUUAGGUCUAUUUAUGCAGUUGAGAUCGCAAUUUGUUCUGAGUAAUAUCUAUCGGAAGAAGUCUACCCCGACAUGGUUACUUGAGCUGUCCCAGGAUGCCGUAGAACAGCAGGACCUACAGAAUGGUUCCAUGGAACAACUAUUUGCCUACCUGACAAAGACCAGCGACUUGUGCGCUCGGAUCAGCGUCGGCACCCACGACGGCCCUACCGCAAUCAUCUACGAAGCCAUGAAGAUGGAUGCAGACCUUGUCGCGUGGGCCCUCAGCGUCGACCCCAGCUGGCAAUACUCUAGGAUCAACAUAACUCCCGACAGCGAGACAGACCCCCUAUUCAGCCCCAUUUACGGCGACUAUUACCACAUCUACUCCAAUAUCAACUCGGCCGUACUCUGGAACACAUAUCGCCUGACGCGGAUCGUGGUCCACGAGAUCAUUGGAGCGGUCUGCCAACGGGUCUGCGAGAUAAGCGGGGGAGAGAACGCCGAGCACAGGGCCGCCAUCCGGCGUAGCGAGGAACUCAGUCUGCAGAUGGCGGAGGAUAUCUGUGCCAGUGUCCCGUUUGUAUUCCGAUACUCUGCGAGCGUUUGUCCCGGGUUACCACAAGCGUCGGGGGGCAUUUUCCGUCUGCACUGGGCCCUGUUUGUCGCGGCGGACUGUUUGGGAUCGACUCCCCCCCUGCAGGCCUGGAUUCUCGACUGCUUGGAUCAGAUUGGGUAUAAUUCGGGGGUUCAGCAGGCGUUGUCCAUGUCGAAGAUUCUGCGGAGUGGUAUGCAUCUCGAAUGGCUGACGGGGGAUUUCAAACGGCUGGGGGCUCCUGCUGGGCAGAGGGAUAUCAACCAGUCUUUAGAUUGA